CUAUACAUUGUACACCUUUGCCUGCUUAGUUUGACUUUUAUCGGAAGACGAAUUACGAAUUUUUGUUAAAAUUUAAAAGACAAUUCGCCGGAUUAAAUUUUUUUGGUGCUCAAAUUAACUAAAAUACUCAUUUAAAAGACAAACAUUUACAAAUAAACGCUUGUCAGUGCACGAUAGUAUUCGUAUUUAAGGUGAAUGUUUUGUCGCGAAAACAUCGCAACUUUACGGGUGGCUGGAUCAUAAGGAUUUUUUUGUGGUUCCAAAAUUUCACUGUGGUCAGCACUACGAGUGUGAUUCUUAGAUAGUCUAAAGAGGUGAAUGAUCAACUAACAGCAACCUGAUGACGUAAUGGCCCGAGCUAAUCAAAUCAAUAUCACGUUACCGUCAGCUGAUUCGGAGGACCAAGAAUGCGUAAUUUAUAAUGCGAAAUCGGGAACCGUCUAUUCACCACCUGAAUCUCUUAAUAAUGCAUCUGUUUUAAGUGGCUCACAAUCAAAUCUAUGCAAUGGAACGGCGUCUAUUACGAUCACAAAAGCAAAUAAUACAGUAAGAAAUACUCUACGAAACAACAAUGCAAAGAAGCCCAACGUUUCUUUGACGCAUCUUUCGAAAAGGCCACCCGUUGAUAUUCAGUUCACAGAUCUGAAAUACUCAGUAUCCGAAGGAAGAAGGAGAGGAUACAAGACUAUCCUUAAAGGCGUAAAUGGCAAAUUUAAAUCUGGAGAGUUGACGGGGAUAAUGGGCCCCUCAGGGGCCGGCAAAAGUACAUUAAUGAAUAUCUUAGCUGGAUAUAGGACAUCGAACUUAGAGGGAUCAGUUCUGAUAAAUAAUAAAGAGAGGAGUUUACGAAGAUUUAGAAAGAUGUCCUGUUACAUCAUGCAGGACGAUUGUUUACAACCUCAUCUUACCGUGCAAGAAGCAAUGACAGUUUCAGCGAAUCUCAAAAUAGGAAAAAACGUGUCUAAUUCAGAAAAAAAGGCUAUUAUUAAUGAGGUGAUGGAAAUAUUAGGACUUUCUGAUUGUAAACACACACCAUCUGUUUGUUUAUCUGGCGGACAACGAAAAAGACUGUCGAUAGCUUUAGAGUUAGUGAAUAACCCUCCAGUAAUGUUUUUUGAUGAACCGACCAGUGGACUUGAUAGUUCAUCCUGCUUUCAGUGUUUGUGUUUGCUAAAAUCAUUAGCCAGAGGAGGAAGGACAAUAAUUUGCACAAUUCAUCAGCCUUCUGCGCGAUUAUUUGAAAUGUUUGACAACCUCUAUAUGCUGGCAGAAGGGCAAUGUAUAUACAGAGGACCCGUUAUGAAUCUUGUACCAUUUUUAUCUGGAAUGAAUUUAAAUUGUCCUAGUUAUCACAAUCCUGCCGAUUAUGUAAUGGAGGUAGCCUGCGGAGAGCACGGCGACUACGUACAAAAACUUGUGGUUGCAGUUAACGCUGGUCGUUGUAAUACGGUUUUGUCAAAAGCUCUAGAAGCUACGCAAAAAGUAAUUUCCAAUGAUAUCGCCAAAGAGACAACGCAAAUUAAAUCGAAUGGAGAUUGCCUCAGCUUGCCUAAUGGAUCUGCAAAGGGUACUGGACUUGCACCGCCUACUUGCACAACUUCUUUAUUAGACUCAUCAGAAAAUUUAACGCAAGACAAACAUGGUUUUCCGACCUCCGGAUUCCACCAAUUUCUAGUCCUAUUUAUGAGAAGUGUUUGUAUUAUAUUUAGAGAUAAGACGCUAACAAGGCUUAGAUUAGUAGCACAUUUCAUAGUAGGAAUUUUAAUAGGAGCAAUUUUUUAUGGUAUUGGCAACGAUGCAGCGAAAGUGAUGAGCAACGCUGGCUGCCUCUUUUUUACUGUUAUGUUUAUGAUGUUUACCGCUAUGAUGCCUACAAUAUUAACAUUUCCAUUGGAGAUGUCUGUAUUUGUACGGGAACAUCUAAAUUACUGGUAUUCGCUCAAAGCAUAUUAUUUUGCAAAGACUUUAGCUGAUAUACCAUUUCAAAUAGCCUUAACGACGUGUUAUAUAGUAGGAGUAUAUUUCAUUACUGAUCAGCCUUUAGAUCCCACAAGAUUUUUUAUGUUCUUAUUGAUAGCGGUGCUGACUGCUUUAGUAUCACAAAGCUUCGGACUUUUGGUUGGCGCUGCUUUUAAUAUUGAGAGCGGAGUAUUCCUUGGUCCUAUUUCUACGAUACCCAUGGUCCUAUUUUCCGGGUUCUUCGCCAAACUUCAAGACAUUCCUUUUUACUUUCAAUGGUUACCUUAUCUCAGCUACGUAAAGUACAGCUUCGAAGGAACUAUGGUCGCCAUUUACGGCUUAGAUCGGCCGAAACUAAGCUGCACGGCCGAUUACUGUCAUUUCAAGUACCCUAAAAGUUUUCUAGAAGAAAUGUCAUUUAAAGGAGACAUGAUGACUUACUUUAUUGAUAUUGCGGUACUUUCAGGCUUGUUUGUAUUUCUUCGGAUAUUAGCCUUUUUCGUACUCCGAAUAAAAUUAUUCCAAAACCGUUAAGUUAUAGGUGAAGUAUGAAUGUUUCGGUAAUAUCAAUGGACUAAGCUUUUAGAACUGAAAAAAUAACGACUUUUAUUGCUUUUUUGUUAAAGUUAUUAUGAUAAUUUUUCAGUUCUUAAAUAUUUUGUACAAUAUACAAAGAUUAUUAAGGCAAGAGGGUUUUCUUAGAUUACAAGUAAUUUUCAAUUAGAUUGAAAAACAAUAAAAAUUAAAUUCUAAAUUACGCCUAAAGAAAUAUCAAAUUAAUAUUUUAUUUGGCAGGGGAAUCACAGCAUGUAGGACCAUUAUUUUUCAACUAUAAAGGGGUUUUUAGAAUAUUAUUUUAAAUAAAAAAAUGAAAUCUUGAAUUUAGUGUCGAUAAGCUUUCUAUACAGUAAUCCGUGUAUGUCAAGGAUGCAAUUUUCAACACUUAAAUAAUGUGGUAAAUGCAUUUAUAUAAUUUAUUUUAAUACAUAUUUUACACAUUUCAAUCUUUAACUUUACAUACGAGUUGAAUAUUCGCCAGUCGUCUGUGAAGUCUUUAAACGAUACCUUUGACAAAUAAACCGCAAAAUAGAAUAUUGCUAGAGGCAGCUAUAAACAUAAUUUGUUUUCUUUUAUUGCAUUUUUUUUAAAUUUUAUAAAAGUAAUUAGGAGAAAAUUUUUUUAUUCUUGCUAGUUUACCUCUAGAGGAUGUAAUGACGUAUGAAAGCUAUACCAACUUAAAGAUUAAGUACUAUAAUAAAAAUUAAACGAUAGAUAUGCAAGCAGUUCAAAAAAGGUAUAAGCAUUAGAAUUUUGGCAUAAAUUAAAUAGAUCAUAUUUCAAGAAUCAAAUAAAAUGUUGUACAUGGUGCUCGUUUCCCUCUAUAAAAACUGAAGAUUAUUUAUAACCUGUUUAUACAAUUCCCUUGAAAUUAAUCGUAUUUGCUCCCAGAUUUUUUUCAUUUGAUUUGUAUCCGCUUAUUGCGUCUCACUUUUAAGGUUAACUCUGAAGAAAUAAUUCAGAGGCGACAAGUCCUUGCUCCUAUCGAGACAGCACAAAUCUAUCUAAUAGACAUCCAAAGAUAUCCUCUUUUUUAAAAUAUGAGUGUCCAGUGGAUAGUACUAUCUUGGUUCUUUUUUUAAACACAUCCAAUGUCUUUUUGUUAUUGUUUGACCUUUUGUUGGCUUUUUGUUAUUGCUUAUUUUAUUGAAGCUUAUUUAAUUGAAUAUUUCCCAAUGGUUUCUCAUUUUUUUCAAGCGUUAGAAUUUCAUAAAUCAUCAUUCGACCAGUAAUGGAUGUUUAUUGUAGCUAUACAAAUAUGGCUCCAAUGGCCUCUAAAAUCUAUACAUUGGACUCGGGUAAACAAACUAUAAUUUUUAAAACAUCUUUUAUAAGACCAAUGAAACUCCAUUCGAUAAAAAUAGCUUAAAAUAUGUUGGCUUGUACAAAUUAAUUAUAUACAACUUACACUUACAACUUACAAAUAUAUUAUUAUCCAGAGGAUGUCCAUAAUUAAUCCAUGAAUAUUUCGAAGACUGGACUAAUGCAGGACAUCCAUUGGAGAAUGUUGUUUGGGUAGGAGUUCAGUGAAUAUUGAUUGCUCCUCAUAUUAAAUUCACUUAAUGCGGAAUUGUUGAACUUUACUUUAUAAAAGAUGAUUCUUAUAUAAAGGGCGUUUCAAUAACAGCGCAAGAUUUCAGUGUUCAAUAAACCAUUGUUUUCUGUACCAAAGUAUUGAAAGAUUUGCUGAUGUAGAAAACAUACAUUUGGGAAUCAAAAUAUGUGAAACAAAAUAGCUUGUAAAUAUUUGGCAUAUGCUCACCCUCUUAACAAUUGCCAAUAACGUUAUUGUAUACAUGUGGUAGUAUUUUAUUGAUACAGCAUCUAAUUUCAGUUUUAAAUAAUUAGAUGGCUUAUUGGCAUAAACCUGUGAAUUAAAAUAACCAUACCCAGAAGUCUAAAGGCCUAAAUCGAGAAAUGACACGACCAGGAGCAAACUUGUGCAAGAUCAUCAAUGUUUCUAUUGUUGUUGCAAGAUCGUCAACGGUAUGACAAGGGGCACCGUCCUGCUGAAACCACACGUCUUCAAGAUCAAUUGCAUCCAAAUGAGGUACAAGAAGCUGUGUUAUCAUAACACGAUAUCGUUUGCCAUUCAUCGUUACUGCAUCAUCUUCUUCGUUUUCGAAGAAAAAUGAUCCAAUUAUUUCUCCAAACCAUAAUGCACACCAUACAGUAACCUAUUGUAAAUUCGUUGUUUUAGGAUGAAUCAUUCAUGGAUUUUUUAAGUUUUACCUAUUAUCGAAGCUAUCGAAGUAAAAAUGCACCUCAUCGCUGAAAAUGAUUUUGUUUGCAAAAUCAGCUGGUUGCUCAAGGAUCCAAUGGCUGAAUUCUCUUCGCUGUGCAUGGUCUGUUGGCAGAAGGUGUUAAGUCAGUUAGAGUUUAUGGCUGUAUAUCUUUAGUGAGAAUUCGCUAAAGAGUGGCUGUUUUUUCAAUUCUUCUGACCGAUGACGAAUUGAUGUCUCUAGCGUUUCUGUCACACUCUCGCAAACUGCCCUGCGCUGUGAUUCAAAAAUCACGACUUGAACUCGAUACGAUCAUGACUUUAAUUCGAUCGCAAUUCAGUGGUGACGAGAAGGAUGAUUCUAAAAUUCAAUCGUCGGCCAAACUCGUUUAAUUUGAUUUGAUUUAGGUUUGUUGGUAUAUAUUUUUUAUAUUCCCUGACAUUUGACAGAUGGAAGUGUCAAUUGUCUUUUCUAUUAAUAAACACUUUCAGAAUUUUUAUUUGUUUUUUAAUUUUUUUGCCUCCGUGUAUUUCUAUUUAAAUAUAUACUCAUAUUAUUUCUUUAAAAUGAAAGAAUGUGGUUUAAGACGACCACUCAUGGAAAUCAUGAAAAAUUGCAAAAACUUGUUGUGUUCGUUUACAAAAACUUUUGGUUUUAAUAUGGCAACAUGGUUGCAAUCAAAAUCAAAAAUUAGCACCUAUAAUACCAGGGAAAUUGGAUCUCUCCAUAAAUGCUGAUUUAUUAAGCUGUCUCUCAUAUUAUUAUCUUGUAUUUGGAAAAUUAAUGAAUCGGUCACAAAGGUAAUUGUCAAUUAUUUUAGUAAUUUUAUGGAUCCAACGACUUGCAGGACUUUCGUUAAUUUCAAAAUUAAAAUCUUGUCCAAUGCUUCUUUGGUAACAACCUAUGGAAUAAAAUCUUGACAUACUAAAAUUGCCAAUUUAAUGGUAACUCGACUUCCUCUGCCUCCAUUAUUGACACGAGGUUGUGGAAAAUAGGGUCAAAUUAGAUCUAUUAAUAGAUAAACAGUCGAUGAAAUAAAUACGUUUAAAAAAGGAUGCACGUAUUAAAUAAGGAAAAAGCUAUAUCGUCUGGUAGAUACGAUAUACACAAGCGUAUCGUCGACAAAUCAUUAAAAACUAGUCAAUCCGCAAGACACUCACGAUUGAAAAUUUUAUUUAGAAUCAGUCAUAUCGAGUAAUCGGGUCGAAUCGUAAUUUUUUUCCCAGUACUGAUAUUUUGUUCUGAACGACCUCUACGAGGUCGUGUCGUAUAUUUCACAUCACUAACCAAACCAGUACUUCCAAAUUUUUUGAUUAUUCUUUUAAAGUAAAUUAAUUAGGAACAAUAUUUUGACCGAACAUUGGACGAACUUUACAAAUAGUGGCAAUUAAACUUCUACCAGUUCGGCAUUAAUUUUUGACAAUCAGGAGGUGUUGUUCUGCAGUGUAAUGCUCCAUGCUUAAUAACUCCCAUUUGUCAACUUUUGAUUUGCACGUUAUAAUCUUGUGACACUAUGACUGUCAAACUUGACGCGUAAUUCAAAUCUUGCGCUCUUAUUGAAACACCCUUCAAAAUAAAAAAGCGCAUUAUCCGUAAAUGGCUCUAUUGCAACUGAAAUUGCUCAAACCGCUUUACACCUGUUGGCGCUGUCACAUUUGAAGAGGAUAUCUUUUAAUAUAACAUAUCGUUUAAGUGGUUUCUUACCUUGAGACAUGUUAUGAGAAUUUUCUGUUGCCAUGCAAACGUUUUGAUUUCAAUAUUUUUUACAUAAUAACCAGUAAUAGAGUCAAAUAUGUAUCUGUUUUGAUGUAUUUGUUUGUGAAACAUGCUUUGACCGAGUAAGUAGUAGUAAGUAGAAAAAAAAUUAAAAAGGGAGAGCAAGAAAAGACUAAUGUUGCUACUACUAAUUCCUCUCACUUACUUUUAUCUAAUUUUGCCCUAUCCCUAUGCUUUUGAUUUCUGAAGGUCAUUAAGAUUAUUCUUCAAUAACGAGCAAUAUUCCCCCUGUUCUCUUUAUAAGUCUUUGGUACUUCUCUUUUUACCUUUUUUGAAUGUAUGGAAAAAUACCUAAAUAUAUCCUAUUAGGUUGGAAUGUGUAUUUAUUAAAUCUUUAAAUAUACGAUUUAAUUUUAUAACUACCCUGGGCGCCUAAGAAGCAUACCAUUAAAUUAAUAUGUACUCUAUCUAUUAUUUAUUAAAUUUAAGCUUAGUCCAUUCUUAAUCCCUUUUUGCAAUGUGAUAGUAAUUAUUGACAAAAGAAAAAUAAAAAUAGUUAUUAUAAUUAUAUUUAAGUAAGCAGGUUCGGACAUUUUGUGAUUAUUUUAUUUUAGGCAGGAUCAGGAUACUAAUUUAGUAAAUACAUUCUGAAGGAAGUAAAAAUAAAUAAGCAAAUUAUAAUAGCAGCUCUAAAUAUUUAAAUACUUCAAAGCAACAUAAAAUAAGGGCGUUUGUUAAUGAUUAAUUGCUACUUGCACCGGAUUCUAAACAUUGAUUAACUUUUAACAAAGAUUUAAGAAAAAUAAGUUAAUAACUGCUUAACCAAUUUUAGUUUUUUUUUUAUAUAUUCCACCUAGUUUAUAUAUCAAAGUUCAAAAUUUCUUUAAGCUGACUCACGAACGUCAAAAAUACUCUUAAUUCAGCUUUUGUUUUGAUGUAUUUUGUUUGUGUUUUUGCCGAGUUUGAUUGUAAGGAUGGAUUUUGAUUAGGAAAGACAGGCUUAGGGCUUUUUACGGCAUAUCGUACUCAUGCAAGAGUAGAAUUAGGCAUAGUCUAAAAACUAUUGUUUUUGGAGUGAUUUUCAUAGAUGAUCACAUAUUAUCUAAGAAGAAAGUCUUUUAGUAUUAAUUUCGGACCUUAGUGAUUCUCAAAUAUGAGCCCUCAUUACAUUAAAGUCUAUGGGCCCCAAUUUAUUCAAAUAAUUACUAGUGUGCAUUUCUACCAAAUCUUUUAUAAUGAAAAUACGGUGAGGUUUAGGAUUUAAGAAACUUAUCUUUUUUUGUUCUUAAACUUGGUAAUGAAUUUAUCCAAUAUGUUAAAGAACACGGUGUAAGUAGCUACAACGUACCAUAGCAAAUGUAAUGCAUAUAGUAGAAUGCAUAAUAUUGAUUGCAAAUUAAUAUAUUAUAUAGGUUCAGGUUAUUUUUAUUAAGGACGUUGUUUUAAAUAAAAUCACAAAAAUACAUUUUAGCAUCACAUUAUUUUUGUAUAAUUUUACAUUGAUAUUAUUUAAUUAGUAAACCACCCUGCGUAAAAGUAUUUAAAAAUGCUUUAUGUUCUUAAAACACGUUUAGUAUUCCAGUUUAAAGUAAUUAAUUUAAACUUCAAUUGAAAUUGUCCUACAAUUUUUUAGUACGUUUUGGCAGUUGACUAGCAUUUUAUUUUAAUACCACUUUUGUUAAUUUUAACUUUUUUAUAACAAUGAAAAAUUAUACCGAGAAAUUUUUUAAUAAUGAAGUGUAAAGCUUAGAGUUAUAUAAUAACAAUAAGUUUACAUUGCAAAAUGUAGAUAGUCUGUAGAAUGUAUCAGUAUCUAGAUGUUUUAUUUUUGUAUUAUUUUAGGAAUAUUUAAAAUUGAGAUUAAAAUAUUUUCACUCAAUCCUUGUACCUAUAGUGAUGUAUUUAUGUAGUUUUAAUUACUCAAUAUUUACAAAUACAUUUUUUAUAUCUGCUAAA